AUGGUCAAUGGUCAUUUAGGCUGGUCAAAGGUCAUAUGGGUUGUGCAACUAUCACUUGGCUUGAAUGGCGUACACUUUGAUACUUUCAAGUAUACCAUGUCUCAUGAUCGACAAGUUUCUAUUGUUAGAAACCGAAAUAGAGAUGACAAUAGUGAUGGCUAUGAGGAUGAAAUGGAACUAAUUGCAAUAGUCAGUGGCUUUAUUAUGGUUUUAGUGGGAGCAUGGUUUGAUAGGUUUCAGCAUAAAGAAGUACCUUGGAACGAACAUGAACGUGCAAUUAAAAGUGCAUAUUGGUUGGAUUCCCUCAUGAAUGAUAGGAUUUGUAAAGACCAGUUACGUAUGAAUUGGAGAUGUUUUGAUAAGUUAUGCGAGGUUUUAGUUACUAAAGGAGACCUGAUUACUACUAGGAAUGUGACCAUAAUAGAAAUUGUUGCUUUUUUUCUACAUACUCUUGCCCAUGAUCUGAAGAAUAGAACUAUUGGUGCCGUGUUCACUCGUUCGGGAGAAACGGUAAGCCAUCAAUUCCUAACCGUGCUCAAAGCUGUGAUGAAAAUAGGCAAGUAUUAUAUCAAGCAAGUAGAUUUCAAUGUGACUUAUGAAGGAGACAACAAGUGGAAGUGGUUUGAGGGGGCACUUGGGGCACUUGAUGGGACACUUAUUAAGAUGACAGUUCCGGUCGAAGAUCGACCUAGAUAUAGAGAUAGGAAAAGAGAUAUUACUACUAAUGGAUCGGCUUCUGAUCCUCGCAUUUUAGGGGACGCCCUUCGAAGACCUAAUGGUCUUAAAGUUCCUAGGAAUAAAUAUUUUCUUGUUGAUUUGGGAUAUUCUAAUGAACAAGGCUUCUUGGCUCCAUAUAAAGGUACACGUUACCAUUUAAACUUGUGGAUAGGAAGUGCUCCUACAAACUACAAAGAAUUGUUCAACUUGCGUCAUUCAUCCGCACGUAAUACUAUUGAAAGAGCCUUUGGGUUAUUGAAAAAGAGGUGGGCUAUAUUGAGGAAAAGUAGCUUUUAUGAUAAGCGAACACAAGUAAGAAUCAUAAAUGCAUGCUUUGUUCUCCAUAAUUUUGUUAGAGAAGAAAAUUUGUAUGAGGAGAAUUUGUUAAAUGAGGUGGACGAUAAUUUAUCAAAUGUAGAAGCUUUUGAUACAAUGGUGGAUGAAGGGGAGAAUUUCAUUUCAAAGGCACAAGCCUCACCUCAAUGGAACAACUUAAGAGAUGAAAUGUCACAAAAAAUGUUCCGAGAAUACCUAGCUCGAAGGGGGGCUACUUGA